AUGGGGCUUCACAAAGGGCCGCGGCUGUUGGACUUUGAAAAGACCCCUCUGCACCUCCGGUUCAACAAAUAUGUCCUGACAGGCUACCGGCCGGUGUCCUCGGCUCACGAGUGCCUCGGGAGUCUCUUCUACAUGCACAACGAGCUGGGAAACAUCUACACACAUGGAAUCCCCUUUUUCCUUUUCUUGGUGCUAAUGCCUUUCAGCAUUCCCUGGCUGGAGGUGGACAACAUCUGGAUCUGCCUGGUGCACUACCUGGCCUGUCUCUCCCCCACCGUGGGCUCAGUGGUCUACCAUGUGUUCAUGAACCACGUGGGGGGGGAACACGUGUACGACACCCUGCUGUCCCUGGACAUGUUCGGGGUCUGCCUGGUCAACACCCUCGGCGCACUUCCCAUCAUUUACAUCACCCUCCUGUGCUACCCCAUCAUACAGCAGGCGGCCCUAGUGACCUACAUCCUCCUGUCGGCCUAUGGCAUCUACUGCGCCACCACGGCCCGCACCAACGUCCUGCGCCUGCAAGCUUUCAUCUGGCAGGGUCUGUUCCGCUUCAGCCUCUUCCUGUUCCGAGUGUACGGCAGCGGGGUGGGCAGCCCCCACUCCCUGCGCCUCUUUGUCAUCAUGGACGCUCUGGCUGUGCUGGGAGGACUGGUCAACGUCAUCCAGAUCCCCGAGCGCUUCAGCCCGGGCCUGUUCGACAACUGGGGCAACAGCCACCAGAUCAUGCAUGUCAUGGUUGUUUGCUCUAUUAUCUACCUGCACUGGGGCACCCUGGAGGAUUUAGCCUGGAUUAAGACCUACCAGUGCCCGAAUGAGGGUUAG